AUGAAGACUCUAUCCAAAAAAAACCUUCGUUACGAAUGCUGUCCUGAAAAGGAUUUCUAUCCCGGGAGGAUAUCACAAGAGUACGAACUCCUUGGCAGAAAAUGUACCUGUAUAUUUUUGUCAGUAGCUACCAUUGGCAUCCUAGCGUCGUAUGUUCCUCCGACGCUGGUUGCACUACAGUACGAUGAAAAUGAUCCUGAUAGUUAUAUACCUGAUUAUAUGCCUUAUAGAGCUUGGAUGCCAUUCAAGAUCGAUGUUAGUACUAAGUCGUAUCUGCUAGCUGUGUUGUAUGAGGCAAUUCCCUUGUAUUCCUUUGCUUACAGCAUAAUCGCUACUGACUGCCUGUUUAUCAACAUCAUUAACAAUAUAACAAUGCAUUUGAGGACUAUCCGAGGGGCUAUGACUUCCAUCCGAGAAAGAACUGUAAAAAAGAUUAAUGGUCCGGACUUAACUCCUGAUGGUCUGUACAAUUCAAAGGAACUAAAUGAAAAGAUGAAACAAGAAAUGAAUAAAAUUAUUCAACACUUGCAGGAAGUUUAUCGGGUAUCUGAAGAUUUAGAAACCGUGCAUACUGGUGUUACAUUAGCUCAGAUAUUCUCUACAUUAUUUAUUAUUUGUUCUUGUUUAUAUCUAGUGUCAACGGCUGAGGAAGUACCAGAUUCCAUUUUUCAAUGUGACUGGUUAACAGCUGAUAAAGAUUUUAAGAAUUCUUGCCUUUACACAAUGGUGAGAGCUGGAAGACCAUUGGUUUUUACCGCUGGAAAAUUUGUACCACUUACUUUCGGUACAUACGUUUCUGUGAUGAAAGCAGCAUAUUCAACGUUUGCAGUGAUCAAGAAUACAAGUAAAUAA